AUGGCGAGCUCCAAGAGCGGCCUAUCGCCGGCGGUUAUCUUCCUCCUCGGGGCCGCCUCGGCCACCGUGUUGCUCGUCUUCUUCUUCACCGCCACCGCAGGUCCUGCGUGGCCCACGACGGACAUCAGUGCCAGUAGGAGGCAGCCCGUGGCUGGCUCAGUUUCUGCACGGGCGGCGAAGGUGACAGCAGUAUCAGAGGAGCAUAGCGGAGCAAGAUCACGAGCUCGAAAUGCGUCUCCUACCAAUGCGACGGACGACGACGACGCGUUCGCGCGGAUGCUGCGGCGUGCGGCGAUGGAGGACGGGACGGUGAUCAUGACGUCGGUGAACGAGGCGUGGGCGGCGCCGGGGUCGCUGCUGGACUCCUUCCUGGAGAGCUUCCGCGUGGGGCUCAACAUCUCGCACUUCGUCAAACACAUCGUGGUGGUGGCCAUGGACGAGGGCGCGCACCGCCGCUGCCGCUCCCUGCACCCGCACUGCCACCUCCUCCUCCCGGACGUGGACGGCCUCGACCUCUCCGGCGCCAAGAGCUACAUGACCAAGGACUACCUCGACCUCGUCUGGAGCAAGCUCCGGCUCCAGCACCGCGUCCUCCUCCUCGGCUACAACCUCCUCUUCACGGACGUGGAUGUGGCGUGGUUCCGGGACCCGAGGGUGCACAUCACGGCGGCGGCGGACAUCACGACGUCGAGCGACUUCUACUUCGGCGACCCGGAAUCCCUGGGCAACUACCCAAACACGGGCUUCAUCUACUUCAAGGCCACGGCGAGGAACGCGCGCGCCAUGGCGUACUGGCACGCGGCGAGGGCGCGGUUCCCAAAGGAGCACGACCAGUUCGUCUUCAACGAGAUCAAGCAUGAGCUCGCCGCGCCGCCGAUCGGCGUCAAGAUCAGGUUCGUCGACAGCGCCGACGUGAGCGGGUUCUGCCAGCUGGGGCGCGACCUGAACCGGAUCGCCACCGUGCACAUGACCUGCUGCAUCGGGCUGGAGAACAAGCUGCACGACCUCAAGCGCAUCGUGGAGGACUGGAAGCAUUACGUGUCGCGCCCGGUGUGGGAGCGCCAGGCCGGGAGGAUCGGGUGGAGGUUCGAUGGGGGGAAGUGCAUACAUUGA